ACCCAAUAUCCAUUGUUUUUCUCUUUGAACCCUCCUAAACACUCCCCACUCAACCACUGCAGUCUCCUUUUCUCCGUCCCAACGAACUCAUUAUUCUCCUUCAACAGACAUACACGCAGCAAGGAAACAUACUGCAGCUUUUUUUUCCUUCAACACAGAAUCACUCCCCAAUUUCUCAUCCUUCGUCAACCAUCACACAGAACACACUCAUCCUCACACCCCACCAUCACCAGCACUCACCAACCUCCAAUUUCUGGUCUCCGGCGAGCUUCAUCCUGCGGCUGUGCCAGCGAUUGGGGGUUUCCAUCGGAGCCGCCUCGCCUCAGCCCCCUGGAACCUCCUCCAUCACGAUCGCUGCGCCGCCUCUGAACGGCUUGCUUCUCCGUCUCUUUCUCUCGCGCAUAACGCAGCACCUAAGCCCUAAGCUGCCAUCUCCAGCAUCCCAACGUUGUCGGCGUCGACGAGCCACCACCUCGAGCGUCUUUAAGCCCACCGUGGUCCGCUGCGAUUGCCGCUCUCGCUCAACUCCCGCAUCUUAUCGCCACUCUGCCACUUCGGAGCCCUUGGCUUCCGCUGCAAUUUCCGACGAGGGUUUCACUCUCCGUUCUCUGUAUUUCUUGCUAAUUGCUGAAUGGAUACUAGAAAACUACUACCCCUUUUGAGAGCUUGUAAGAAUUCCAAGUCAUUAAAGCAAGGCAAACUCAUUCAUCAGAAAAUUGUAACGUUGGGAUUGCAAAAUGAUAUAUGUUUACGCAAGAACCUGAUUAACCUAUAUCUUUCGUGCCAUUUGUAUGAUCAUGCAAAGUGUGUUCUUGAUACCAUGAAAAACCCAUGUGAGAUAUCCUUGUGGAAUGGCCUGAUGGCAGGUUACACUAAGAAUUACAUGUAUGUGGAAGCCCUAGACCUUUUUGAGAAGUUUUUACAUUACCCUUACCUGAAACCUGAUAGUUAUACUUACCCUAGUGUUAUUAAGGCCUGUGGGGGGCUGUGUAGGUUUCUGUUGGGAAAAAUGAUCCAUACAUGCUUGAUAAAAACUGGUUUAAUGAUGGACAUUGUUGUUGGAAGCUCUCUUGUGGGUAUGUAUGGAAAAUGCAAUGCAUUUGAAAAAGCCAUAUCAUUGUUCAAUGAAAUGCCUGAGAAGGAUGUGGCAUGCUGGAAUACAAUAAUUUCUUGUUAUUACCAAAGUGGAAACUUCAAAGAGGCCCUACGGUAUUUUAGCCUGAUGAGAAAAUUUGAAUUUGAACCUGAUUCAGUUACAAUAACAACUGCUAUUUCCUCGUGUGGCAGACUUUUGGAUUUGAACAGGGGAAUGGAAAUUCACGAGGAGUUGAUUAACAGUGGGUCUUUGCUGGACAGUUUCAUUAGCUCUGCUCUUGUUGACAUGUAUGGAAGAUGCGGUCACCUAGAAAAGGCUCUAGAGGUUUUUGAGGAGAUGCCUAAAAAGACUGUUGUUGCUUGGAAUUCCUUGAUUAGUGGAUAUGGUUUGAGAGGUGACAGCAUACCAUGCAUUCGCCUUUUAAAGAGGAUGUACAACGAAGGAGUCAAGCCAACUUUGACUACUUUAUGUAGUUUAAUAAUGGUUUGUUCACGUUCUGCUCAACUACUAGACGGAAAGUUUGUACAUGGAUAUAUAAUACGAAACAGAAUACAACCUGAUGUUUUCAUUAGUAGUUCUCUCAUGGAUUUAUACUUCAAAUGUGGAAGGGUAGGGUUAGCCGAAAACAUCUUUAAAUCAAUACCAAAGUCUAAGGUAGUUUAUUGGAAUGUCAUGAUUUCUGGAUAUGUGGCUGAAGGGAAACUUUUUGAAGCCCUUGCCCUGUUUAGUGAAAUGAGAAAAUCUUAUGUUGAGCCAGAUGCUAUUACUUGUACCAGUGUUUUAGUAGCUUGUUCUCAACUAGCAGCACUAGAACAAGGUAAAGAGAUUCAUAAUCUGAUCAUGGAGAAAAAAUUGGACAACAAUGAAGUGGUUAUGGGAGCUCUGCUGGAUAUGUAUGCAAAAUGUGGCGCAGUAGAUGAAGCAUUCAUUGUUUUCAAAUGGUUGCCAGAAAGAGAUCUGGUGCUUUGGACUUCAAUGAUUACUGCAUAUGGGUCCCAUGGUCAGGGCUAUGAAGCUUUGGAGCUUUUUACUGAAAUGUUGCAAUCCGAUGUAAAACCUGAUAGGGUUUCUUUUCUUGCUAUAUUAUCUGCUUGUGGCCAUAGUGGGUUGGUUGAUGAGGGAUGCUAUUACUUCAGUCAAAUGAUGAAUGUUUAUGGCAUUAAACCUGGAGUUGAACAUUAUUCAUGCUUGAUUGAUCUUCUUGGGCGUGCUGGAAGAUUGUAUGAAGCAUACAAGAUUCUACAAAGAAACCCUGAAACCAGGGAUGAUGUUGGGUUGCUAAGCACAUUAUUUUCUGCAUGCCGUUUGCACAGAAAUAUUGAUCUGGGAGUUGAACUUGCUAAAAUUCUUAUCGAUAAGGAUCCUGACGAUUCAUCAACCUACAUUCUCUUGUCAAAUAUGUAUGCUUCUGCACAUAAAUGGGAUGAGGUACGGAAGGUGAGAUCAAAGAUGAAGGAGCUUGGGUUAAAGAAGAAUCCAGGGUGUAGUUGGAUUGAGAUUAACCAAAAGAUCGUGCCUUUUUUUGUUGAAGACAAUUCACACUUGCAUCUAGAAUUGGUUAAUAAAUGCCUUUCAUAUCUCACUGGUCAUAUGGAUGAUGAGUCUAAACCAUUUAUAUAUCAUUCUGAUGUGGAAACACUGAGAUUUUGCUAGUUUUACAAUUAGCUUGGAAGCUGCUCGUGACGGGAAUCCUAAGACAAUGAUUCUUGGUGUAGGUAACUGGCUUUGACAUGUCUAACAAAAAUCCAGAAAAGGACCAAAAAUAGCACAAAAAGAAGGAACAAGGUUCUGGAGAGUUGAAGAAGAACAAGAAGCAGAGAAGUAUCUAGUGACAAUGGCCUGCUGCAGCUGCACCACCAUCACAAGGCUCAGCUGACACAGAUCGUGAGGUACAAUCAAAAGGAGAAGAAGACGUAGACCCUAGAACAAAAAGGAAGCUGAAGGUGUUGCCCAUUCUUGCCAAAGUGGGAAAGAAGCUAAUAAAAAUUCCUAAUACAUAUGCAACUUUAACGGGUUUUAUUUGGUCAAGCAUACAUUUCAGGUGGGGAUACACAUGCCUGAAAUUGUUAAUCAGUCAAUAGAAAUAUUAUCCAAUGGAGGCCUUGGCAUGGCAAUCUUCAGCCUAGGUGUGUUUAUGGCAUCACAGUCGAGCAUGAUAGCAUGUGGGUCUCAUGACAGUGGCUUCUCUUCUGAUAGGAUUAAGAUGCACACUGUUCAAAGUCACAAUUGUUCAGGCAGCUCUACCUCAGGGAAUUGUUCCUUUUGUUUUUGCCAAAGAAUAUAAUGUUCAUCCAGUUGUUUUAAGCACAGCGCAAUAAGUAAUCUGAAAGCUAAUGCAGCUGGAUUAACUCAACAAAACAAUGUGAAGCCUGUUUCAGAUGCCAACAUUCCCAAGGCUAAACCAGAACAUCCUUUGGGCUCACAAUCAAAACUUCCAGAAGGUUCACGGGAAGUGUCUUCGCCUCAAUCUUCGUCAGUUUAUUUAUUUACAUAUCACGAGCAGUGAUAAUAAUAUUUGUUUUUAUUUACAUAUUUUGUAUGCCACUUAAUUAAUAUAAGUCCAUUUUGAUAUUUAUACAGUUACAAUUCAUAAUUUUAAAAGUAAAAUAGGUUUUCAUGAAUUCCCACAUCCAGUUUAAUUUGAAUGAUAAAAAAUUUUCUGAACCAGUGUCUCAUUUAAGGGUCUCAUCUCAUUCACAAUUUUCAGUUGUUUAUUUAGACUAAAAGAUUUUGGUCCCUUGACCCUUCUGGAAUGUUUUCACGAAAAUCAUUUUCAGCAUUUCAAGCUCUUUUUGUUUUUUUUAAAUAUAAAACUAGUUUCUAUCUUGAAAUUCUCUUUUGUAUACUCAAAGCUAAAGUCUAAAUUUUUAUUCAGGGUGGGUGCUUAAUAGAACAUAUUACAUGUUUUGUGCAAUUCUCGUUCAUUUUUCAUCCUUCGUUGAAAGGUAGAACAUUUAAUCUUGGAUCAAUCUUUAAUGGGGUUCCUCUUCUAAACGGGGUUGCUUCACUCUGCAGUUGCACUAUGAUUGUCCACCGUUUUCUGGUUUCUCUUUGGCUGAGUUUCGCUCAUCUCUGAAGAAAUAUGGCUCCAAUUUCUGGACAUCAUCUCAUUAGAAGAUGUGGAUAUGGUGAAUACACUUGACAAGGAAAAGGGUAUCACACUGGAGGAUUUUAAGCUCAUUAAGAUGCAUAUGGCCAGUUAUAUUUUGAAAUUGGCACAAGUAAAAGUGAGACAGAGGUGUGAACUGUAUUUCUUGAAUAUGCACAAGUCAUCUCUUUUAUGUUUAUAAUUUAUAGUGAAAAGUAUAUUGUAUUACCAGAGAAAGAUUCCUAUAUUGGUUUGAUCUUUUUCGUUUAAACGCCUGUGCCUGUAUAUCACAUUUUGAGUGCCACACUUCUGGAAUGUAUUAGCUUUGCAUGAUAUAUAUCAGAAUAACCCUUUGUGUGAUUAUCUUUA